UAGCAAUAAGAUGACAUCGUUGUCGACGGAACGUAUGGAGGUCGUCUGUCGGCGGGCGCGAUUACCUCAGCCCGAUCGCGAGAAUAGCACCGCGAAGUCCCGAUUUCGCGCUGCGCUUCCAUUACCGCACUCAUCGAGCUAUGAGAAGACUCAUGGAGAUCUUGAUGGCGUCCUUGGGGAUGGCUGUCCCUGAAGCUGAGCAGCCCGAGUUGGAGAUGUGACCCCACAUCUCCGCAUUGUGGGGAAGCUCGCCAACCUCACCCCAUACGCCUCGACUCGCGUCGCGUCUAGAUUUAGACUCGAUGUGGGCCAUGAAUCUCUCCAGAUACAUAUCCAGUCCCUGGGCCAUGCAGGGACUGGCUUUACCAACGACCGAAGACCCUUCCGCAUCGUAAUCGGCCGCCAUGCCCUCCCCUGCCUACAUCAACGCCGAGUACCAAUCGACGCACUACAACCUCUUCAAGGACUCCAUUACCGUUCCGCUCAAGCCUGUGCUCCCGCCAGGCGUCACGCGAUAUGCCUUCGAUGCGGCCAUCAUGCAGUACAUGGCCGCGGUAGGCCACGAGCAGGUGCUGCAGGGCGACGCGUUGACCGAAUACAUCGAUCCGUACGAGCUAUGGGAAGCGGAGGGGAAGCGCAGAAUGCCUAGCGCAGCUGUGCGACCGAAGAACACUGAGGAAUUGCGGAAAGUGCUGAAGGUGUCGAACGAGUACAACAUCCCGGUGUGGUACUUCUCGAGAGGGAAGAAUCUCGGAUAUGGAGGUCCAGCUCCACGCGUCAACGGGUGCGUAGCGCUCGACCUGCACCGGAUGAACAAGAUCAUCGAAGUCAACGCCGAAUACGCCUACGCCGUCGUCGAGCCCGGCGUCACCUUCACCGAACUGUACGAAUACUGCGUCGCGCACAAGCUCAAGGUAUGGCCUUCGGUGCCGUCCUUGGGAUGGGGUUCGGUUGUGGGGAAUACACUGGAUCGCGGUACGGGCUUCACGCCCACGGCAACGCAUCACCAGCACAUUUGCGGCGUGGAGGCCAUGCUCGCCGAUGGCGAACUAGUGCGAACAGGGCAAUUCGCCGUGUCGGGAUCGCCGUCGUCGCAUCUGUCCAAGUUUACCUUCGGCCCCAGUAUCGAGGGACUCUUCCUCCAGUCGAAUCUUGGCAUUGUCACCAAGCUUGGUAUAUGGCUUACGCCGGCUCCGCAGGCAUUCAUGUCCUGUUCCUUCAACAUGCCAGACUUUGAGGAUGUGGAGACGAUAGUCGAUGUCUUCGGGCCGCUGCGCCGCGACGGCCUCCUGCCCAACACUGUCUACGUGUCCAAUCUCGUAGAGUGGCUGGGUAUGCUGGGAAAGCGCGAAGAGCUGUGGCCCGAACCCGGAGCGAUACCUGAGUGGCGCCUGAAAGAGCUACAGAAGCAGCUUGGCAUUGGAUACUGGAAUGCGAAGUUCGGACUGUACGGCGCAAAGGAGGUGGUGCAGGCGCACUUCAACGAGCUCAAGAAGAUCGUGGCAAAGAAGGCUCCCAAGGGGAAACUCACGGGCGAGAUCUUCUCCGCUGAAGAUGGCGAGACGCUGGACCCAUCAUCUGUCCCCGAGCCGCAUGGUGGCUUCUUUGUAGGCGUUCCGAGUCUGUGGAGUCUGCCCAUGGUGAAGUUCCGGCUACCCAAGAAAGGCGGCGGCAUUGGUGCGCACUACGACUACAGCCCGAUAAUACCGUCAAGCGGGAAGACGGUGCUGGAGUGGGUGAAGACUGCGAAGAAGGUGUGCGAAGCCGAAUCCUUCGACCUCUUCUGCGACUUCUUCAUGCACGAGCGCCACGUCAUCUUCGUCAACAUGAUGACCUUUGACAAGACCAACCCCGCCCACAAGCACUCCGUCGAAACCAUCUUCUCGAACCUGUUCAAGGAAGGGCGGAAGCGUGGCUUCAGCAAAUACCGGAGUCACGUCAACACCAUGGAUCUCGUUGCUUCCCUUUACGACUUCAACGAUCAUGCCUAUCGCCGCUUCGUAGAGAAGAUAAAAGACGCGCUCGAUCCGAACGGCAUUCUCUCGCCUGGAAAGCAGGGCAUAUGGCCGAAGCGCUUCCGCGAGAAUGAGAAGCUAAAGGCGCACUUGUAGAUGCAUGUUGCGUUUGUAAAACACUGCUAGUAAGACUAGAAUUUCAUCAGUUUCUUCUCUUUUGAGACUCCUUGAUCUCUUCCUAUGAUACAAUCAUACUCUCCCUUAGCAAGGUAAGUAGAGGACGUCCGCGCCAGGAGGUCGCAAAGAAUAAUCAAAGGAAGAAACGGUGAAACAUUAGAUCUCAGCCUCAAGCCCGCG